AUGCGUGAUAUGAAUAUCGAUGAACGUUUAUCUUGUUUAUUUAUAUAUUAUAAUGCUCGUUUGUAUCGGAAACCAGGCGCAAUUAAUGAUGAUGGUGCAACUAAAAAAGCUACGGCUCUGGCUUUGCGUAAAUUUGGGGUCUGUUCAGAAUCCUUAUGGAAGUAUGAUGUUUUAAAUGUCAAUAAAAAACCACCACCAGAAAUCUACAGGAUAGCAAGUCGUGUAACAGUUAAACCACUCAAGGUUCCUCGAAAUAUAAAUGCAAUAAAAACGUGUUUAGCUAAUCAAGUUCCUGUUAUCAUUGGUAUCCGAAUGGGAUCAAUAGAUGGGAAUGAAGUUCGAGCAAACAAUGGUUAUUUACGAAGACUGGAUCCGAAUGACCCAUGUUUGGAUGAAAAAGGAUAUCGUUGUCACUCGGUCGUUCUAGUUGGUUAUGAUGAAAAAGCAAAGCAUUUCAUCGCACGAAAUUCAUGGGGGCGGAACUGGGGACUUGAUGGGUAUUUUUAUGUACCUUAUGAAGACAUUAUGGCAAAAAAUCUUGUCAAUUAUCCUGAUGGUAUAUGGUCGAUUACUGAAAUCAUGUUGCGGACUUCCCAUAUGCCAAAUGUCGGUAGACUGUACGUACCUGGAUAUAAUCUGGAUGGGCAACGACCUCGACAACUAUAUACUCAGAUUCUACCGACUCUGCAUCGACGUUUAAUUGCAUCAGUGACUCAUGGAUAUUGGCCACGCUCUUCUUUUUUUCAUAAAUAA